UCCCUUUAGACUUCUGGUCUGCAAAAAAGCUUUCUCUACUUCCCUCACUGUCAAGGGUUUUCCCUUCCUCAAUUUCAAGUCACCAUGGCUAAGUUCCCUUCCAUUCCCCUGUUUUUUCUCCUCUGCAACAUCUGUCUUUCCAUGGCGUCUUUGAACGAUGACCGCAUUGCUCUUUUGUCUUUCAAACAGUCCAUUUCUGAAGACCCAUACGCCUCUCUCAGCAACUGGAAUUCUUCUGAUGAAACCCCAUGUGGUUGGAAUGGUGUUACAUGCAAGGAUCUAAGAGUUGUUUCUCUCAGCAUUCCCAACAAGAAACUCAACGGUGUUCUUCCUUCUUCUCUGGGGUUUCUCUCCGAGCUUCGUCAUGUGAAUCUGAGGAGUAAUAACCUCCAUGGAGCCUUGCCAUUACAGCUUUUCGAAGCUAAUGGAAUCCAAAGUUUGGUGCUUUAUGGUAAUUCCUUAUCUGGGUCUGUGCCAAAUGAGAUUGGUAACCUCAAAAACCUUCAAAUCUUGGAUUUAUCUCACAAUUUCUUUAAUGGGUCGUUGCCUGUUUCCUUGAUGCAAUGCAGAAGAUUGAGAAUUCUUGAUCUUACUCAUAACAACCUUACCAAUUCCCUGCCUAAUGGGUUUGGUUCCAGUUUGAAUUUCUUGGAAAAUUUGGAUCUUUCUUACAAUAACUUCAAUGGUUCAAUUCCAGUGGAUAUUGGUAAUCUGUCUAGCUUGCAAGGCACUGUUGAUUUCUCUCAUAAUCUCUUCUCCGGCUCUAUCCCACCCACCCUGGGAAACCUUCCUGAAAAGGUUUAUAUUGAUCUUACUUAUAAUAAUCUGAGUGGUUCAAUCCCCCAAAAUGGUGCUCUUAUGAACAGAGGACCAACAGCUUUCAUUGGGAAUCCUGGCCUUUGUGGACCGCCAUUGAAGAAUCCAUGUUCUUCUGAAGCCCCGGCUGCAAGUUUAUCUUCACCAGACAAUGGUAAUAAGUAUGGGAAAGGAGGGGUGAGUAAGAGCAGUUUGGUUGCAAUAAUCAUAGGUGAUAUCAUUGGUAUUUGCCUGAUUGGUGUUAUGUUAUCUUAUUGCUAUUUGAGGUUUUGGAUUCAUAGAAAUGGGAAGAAGGCAGACCAAUCUAAGUAUGGUUUAGAGAAGGAUGAGAAAGGAAGAAAGCAUUGUCUGUGCUUUCAAAAGGGUGAAUCCGAGAACGUUUCGGAGCAUAUCGAGCAGUUUGAUUUGGUACCUCUGGAUUCACGAGUCACGUUUGAUCUCGACGAACUUCUCAAGGCAUCGGCUUUCGUUUUGGGAAAAAGCGGUAUCGGUAUAGUGUAUAAAGUUGUUCUUGACGAUGGACUCACUUUAGCUGUGAGAAGAUUGGGUGAAGGAGGUUCUCAAAGAUUCAAAGAGUUUCAAACUGAAGUUGAAGCAAUUGGGAAGUUGAGGCAUCCAAAUCUUGUUAGUCUCAGAGCAUAUUAUUGGUCUGUUGAUGAAAAACUGCUUAUUUAUGAUUACAUACCAAAUGGGAACCUUGCAUCUGCCAUUCAUGGGAAGCCCGGAACGACACCGUUUACACCGCUACCGUGGUCUACUCGGUUAAGGAUCAUGGAAGGCAUUGCGAAAGGGUUGGUUUACUUGCACGAGUUCAGCCCCAAAAAGUAUGUUCAUGGUAAUUUGAGAACCAACAACAUACUUCUUGGACACGACAUGAUACCACAUAUUUCGAAUUUCGGGCUUGCCCGCCUUGUUAACAUUGCUGGAGGUACUCCGACCGUGCAAUCGAGUCAUAUGGCAGAAGAAAAACAACUAAAGUUUGCCACUUCUGAAGCUAGUACAUUCAGUUCUAGUAUGAUUACUUACUACCAAGCUCCCGAAUCGUUCAAAGUCGUGAAGCCAUCGCAGAAAUGGGACGUGUACUCGUAUGGUGUGAUAUUACUCGAAAUGAUCACAGGAAGGUUGCCUAUAGUUCAGGUGGGAGCCUCGGAAAUGGAUCUUGUUCAAUGGAUUCAACUCUGUAUUGAGGAAAAGAAGCCGCUUUCGGACGUGAUAGACCCGAGUUUGGCUCCCGACGAUGAUGCGGAUGAGGAGAUCAUCGAGGUUUUGAAGAUGGCAUUAGGUUGUGUUCAAAAUAGUCCAGAAAGAAGACCGGCAAUGAGACAUGUUUGUGAUGGUUUGAGCAGGUUGGGUGUCACUCCAAACUGAACCACAAAACAUAUCAUUAUAUGACACUCAAAAAGUUCUAUGUUGUUUUGAACAAAAUCAGUGUCAUUCGAGUUGAGGAUUUGCUUUCUCAUUCUUAUUUUUAUCAAUCACUCUCCAAAAUCAA